CAAAGGUAAGACCACACAACUUUACAUCCUACUUUUAGAAGUCUGUUUCAUUUCUAAUAUGUCAGUAUUUGUCUACCAUUGCACAGAUGGCGUUUACUUCUCCUGCGUUCUUCCUCCUUUGUGGGAUCAUUGGACUGACUGGAGUUUGGUCUUUUCCUGUCCAGGACGACAAAGAUGGUUGCUGUCCUAAGGGCUGGACUCAGUUGGAUAAACGUUGUUUCAUCUACAAGGAUGACAAUAGGACCUUUUCAGAUGCAGAGAGUAUCUGCAAAGUUAUUGGUGGGAAUCUGGCCUCCAUCCGCAGCGCUCUGGAAAAUGUGGUCGUGUUGCAAGUGAUUAAGAAAGGAGCUGAUCCCGUUGAAGACACCUGGAUUGGACUCCAUGAGGCGAUAGAGGAGGAUGACUAUAUCUGGACUGACGGCUCAGAGUUUGAUUUCAGUGACUUUAACGAUGAGAGUAACGAUGGAGAUUGUGUGGAGAUUGGAGAGAGUGAUAAACUCUGGACUAAUGACAUCUGUGAAACUGAACACCCCUACGUUUGUGCCAAAGACGCUGAGUGCAAACACUGAUCAGCCCUCCAACUGUCACAUCUUCCUUGACCAUGCC